CACCAAACGAAACACUUGCCACAAGCUCCCUUGUUUUGUGAAUGUAAAGUCUCGAUCGUUUUUGCUAUUUCGAUUACACGCGAAUAACGGCAUGUCCGAAGACGAAGAUAAACAUGUCUUGGCACCUUUUUUAACGUCGCGUCUACCACAGCUCGGCUUGGAUUACGAAACUUACGGGCCUUACGUCUUACCACUCCUAACCGACGAAGAAGUGGACGAAGACGAAUGGGAAAGUGUGGUGGAACUGUUACAGGCUAGCUCCGAGAGUCAUGGUGACGACGAACAGGCCUGGAAAGACUUGCGUGUACAGAUCGAAGAGGCUUGGCGAAACCAUAAAUUGGCGUUGGACGAGCAAGAAGCCGAGUUUAAGCAAAAUCAAGCGACGAGGCUGCAGGAAGAAAUUGAACGCGAACGGGAGAUUGCGGUGGAAGCUGCCUUGAUGGAGAAAGAUCGGAAGGAGAAGCCGGCUGUAGUCGAGCAAGAUGCUGCACGAAAAGCGUUGGUGGCGCGAUUUGCUUACGAUAUUCCUGACGAAGAUGAUGCGGACAAUGAAGGCGUUCUCAGCAACAAAGAAGUGGCGGCUCAAGCUAAAUUGGAGCAGACUCAAGGGCUGCGGCAGCAAAAGGUUACGACUAAAAGAGAGGAACAGCAGAAGACUGCGAAAGCAAGAGUUGACAAGGCCAACGCCAAAGAAGAGCGUAGGGCACGAGCGACCAAAGGAGAGCGGAAAAGAUGACUUUUUGAUAGUGAAAUUUGAACCUUAGAAAUUGUAGAGUGAGAAAAGACUUUGCCAUUUCAAUUUUGAAGAGUUCCGACAAAAGAACCAACAGCAGCUGCAAAUUUGAACGUCCAUGGCUUGACAGUGAGCUUAUUUACU